UUUAGAUAUAUAUUUUUCCGCCAUAACCAAUAUGCUUCAUUUUCUUUUAUGUUAAAGUACGUAUAGCUUAAGAUGUUGAAAAAAGAAAAUCCGCACCACUGUUGGAUAUCAAGAAUGUCAAGUUCUGAAGGUGAGCAGGUGCCUGAAGAAAGGAAAGAUGGGGCCCAGGUCCAGGAUAACCGUCCUUUUACUCUUGUUCACAAAACAAUCAAGAAAACUGUAAACGGAGUUACUUCUGUGAAACAAGUAACAGAAAAGGUGUUCAUGGAUGGAACUAGAGAGAAAGUGAAGGAUCAGGAGUUCGGAGACAUGAAGGAGAAAAUGAGAAAGGAAAUGGAAGAAGAAUGUAGGUUUGAGAAGUUAAAAGAUGGUUCUAAAACUAAUGGAGAUCUUGAACAAGAAGGGAGGAAGAAUACAGGAAAAGGAUCUUCAUCUGAUGUUGGCACUAAAUCAGCGGGUUCAAAAGAAAAACAGGCCAACUCUGGUUCAGACUCAAGCUCCGAUGAGGACAAAGAAUCUGAAUCAAAUGAGGAUGAUAAGUUUGCAAAGAAGAGCUUGGAAGAACACAACAAGUUCAGACGUAAACAUGGCGUUCCUCCCCUCACACUUAAUAAGGAGAUGUGUAUGUAUUCUCAAGAAUGGGCCGAAUAUUUGAUUGCAGAGAAUAGGUUUCAGCACAGAACUGAUCAUAAGUAUGGAGAGAAUAUAUUUACAAGUUGGUCUAGCAGACCUAAAAAACCAGAUCCUAAAGUUCCAGUCCAGAGCUGGUAUGAUGAAAUCAAAAAGUAUCAGUUUGGGUCGGAACCUCAAUCAUCAGGAACUGGUCACUUCACCCAAGUGGUUUGGAAGGAAAGUUCAGAGCUAGGAGUUGGUGUCGCAAGCAAGGACGGGAGAGUAAUAGUGGUCGCCAACUAUAAUCCACCAGGAAACUUCAUGGGAAAGUUCUCGAGGAAUGUUCCAGCCCCCUUGUAAACUAUGGGAAUGUACAACACACACUGAUGAGUGCACACGAAAUGUACUUCUAAUUCUGAGCCCGAAAUUUAAGAAACCUGUUAUCUAAAGUUAAAAACCCAUGUUUCGUGAAUGAGUUAAGAAAAUUUUGCAGAUAUCAAAUCUUUUGGUUCAGCAUAUUAUUUAAUUUGAAUGAUAAAUCUUAUCAUUUUCUAAUUCUUACAUUAAUAUCUACAAAAUGUGUAGACCGCAAAAAGGAAACUAGGGAGAAUUCCAUUCAACGAUAUCCUUUUCCGCCUUUAGGUGGAAUGAUAACCUACUCUACCUGUGUACUGUACUGUACUGUACUGUACUGUACUGUACUGUACUGUACUGUACUGUACUGUACUGUACUGUACUGUACUGUACUGUACUGUACUGUACUGUUCUGUACUUUACUGUACCAUACCAUCGUAAACUUAUCUGCACAUUUUCCUUCAAUAAUUCUUUGAAUAAUUAGCAGCACAUUAAAGUAUUAAACCGAAUUUACACACCAUUGAACUACACUCUCUCUAUUGCACAGCACAGCCCUGUUAAUGUAAAAAAUUGAAAUUUAUUUCCCAGAACAAUUUUAAGAUGGUAUGUUUUUUUUUAUAUGAAGAGAUUAUUUAUCAUGAUUCAGUUUUUUCACUGUUUAUUAUAAAAUAUUUUGUAUGCUGGCUGUUACCAUAAAUACUGUAUUGACAUGAUAUAUCUACAUCUCUUUCUUAAUUAAGUAUUAUUACUUUCAUAAUAUUACAAUUUCAUAAUAUUAUUUUUACAUUUAAAAACAAUUAGAAUAUUUACAUGUGCAGUUUGAUACAUUACAAUAAAGACUUUUGAAUUA